GGGUGUUUUUAGUAUCGACGCAUGAUAAAAAAACCCCACUAUGAUUACAUGGCUCUUUUAUAUUCUGUUUACUGAACAAAGAGACACGUCUGGGGAUCUCUUGUCAGCGACUUAUGCCUGAGGAGGAGUACAGGCUGUACAGUGUAACAGGCAUAAAAUGACACUUAAGAUACACUUGAUAAAGUGCUCGACUGUGUACUGAUGCGUGUCGUGUAUAAUUUAUGCAAGCCUUUGAAAGUGAAACUAGACUAGAAAAAUUCCGCGAAACGUAGUCUUCAGAGACAGAUCUCCGGCGAAACAAAGAAAAUACAAUGGCAUUUAAGUGUGAAAUUUGCCAGAGAGACAAUUUCAAAAAUGAGCACGGACUGCGGAUUCACAAGUCUAAAGUCCACGCCAAGGAUCCUAAGUCUUCUGACUUAGGUGCUAGUGCAGCACCAUUGACUCCAGUGAAUGAAGAAGCACGUCCAAAAAUUAUCCCUUCAGCAACUCAAGACAGGAGAAAAGGUGAGGGACCGAAUGGAGAAGGAAGUAGUGAUUUACCCUCCAGUAAUGAAAAAUUUCAGAGUACGGAGGAAAAGAAAAAAAACCCAAUCACGAAAGAUGUAGAAGAAAACGAGAACAAGCCUUCUCCCACAAGAAUGAAAUCGUCUUCCAGCACUACGAGAGAGGAAACAAGUGAAGAUGAAACUGCCGAGGAUGAUAUUCGAUCUCCUACUGGUGACAGGAAAGACAAAGAAAAUACAAUGACAUUUAAGUGUGAAAUCUGCCAGAAAGACACUUUCAAAACUGAGCGCGGACUACGGAUUCACAAGUCUAAAGUCCACGCGAAGGAUCGAGAAUCUUCUAAUGUAGGUGCUAAUGCAGCACCAUUGACUCCAGUCAAUGAAGAAGCACGUCCAAAAGAUAUCCCUUCAGAAACUCAAGACAGGAGAAAAGGUGAGGGACCGAAUGGUGAAGGAAGUAGUGAUUUACCCUCCAGUAAUGAAAACCUUCAGAGUACGGAUGAAAAGGAAAAACCUCCAAUCACGAAAGAUGAAGAAGAAAAUGAGAACAAGCCUUCUACCACAAGAAUGAAAUCGUCUUCCAGCACUAUGAGAGAGGAAACAAGUGAAGAUGAAACUGCCGAGGAUGUCGUUCGAUCUCCUUCUGGUGACAGGAAAGACACAGAAAAUACAAUGGCAUUUAAGUGUGAAAUCUGCCAGAAAGACACUUUCAAAACUGAGCGCGGACUACGGAUUCACAAGUCUAAAGUCCACGCCAAGGAUCGAGAAUCUUCUAAUGUAGGUGCUAGUGCAGCACCAUUGACUCCAGUUAAUGAAGAAGCACGUCCAAAAGAUAUCCCUUCAGCAACUCCAGACAGUAGAAAAGGUGAGGGACCGAAUGGUGAAGGAAGUGGUGAUUUACCCCCCAGUAAUGAAAAACUUCCGAGUACGGAUCAAAAGAAAAAACCUCCAAUCACGAAAGAAGUAGAAGAAAACGAGAACAAGCCUUCUCCCACAAGAAUGAAAUCGUCUUCCAGCGCUACGAGAGAGGAAACAAGUGAAGAUGAAACUGCCGACGAUGACGUUCGAUCUCCUACUGGUAACAGGAAAGACAAAGAAAAUACAAUGGUAUUUAAGUGUGAAAUCUGCCAGAAAGACACUUUCAAAACUGAGCGCGGACUGCGCAUUCACAAGUCUAAAGUCCACGCCAAGGAUCGAGAAUCUUCUAAUGUAGGUGCUAAUGCAGCACCAUUGACUCCAGUCAAUGAAGAAGCACGUCCAAAAGAUAUCCCUUCAGCAACUCCACACAGGAGAAAAGGUGAGGGACAGAAUGGUGAAGGAAGUUAUUUACCCUCCAGUAAUGAAAAACUUCCGAGUACGGAUGAAAAGGAAAAACCUCCAAUCACGAAAGAUGUAGAAGAAAACGAGAACAAGCCUUCUCCCACAAGAAUGAAAUCGUCUUCCAGCACUACGAGAGAGGAAACAAGUGAAGAUGAAACUGCCGAGGAUGUCGUUCGAUCUCCUUCUGGUGACAGGAAAGACACAGAAAAUACAAUGGCAUUUAAGUGUGAAAUCUGCCAGAAAGACACUUUCAAAACUGAGCGCGGACUACGGAUUCACAAGUCUAAAGUCCACGCCAAGGAUCGAGAAUCUUCUAAUGUAGGUGCUAGUGCAGCACCAUUGACUCCAGUUAAUGAAGAAGCACGUCCAAAAGAUAUCCCUUCAGCAACUCCAGACAGUAGAAAAGGUGAGGGACCGAAUGGUGAAGGAAGUGGUGAUUUACCCCCCAGUAAUGAAAAACUUCCGAGUACGGAUCAAAAGAAAAAACCUCCAAUCACGAAAGAUGUAGAAGAAAACGAGAACAAGCCUUCUCCCACAAGAAUGAAAUCGUCUUCCAGCACUACGAGAGAGGAAACAAGUGAAGAUGAAACUGCCGAGGAUGUCGUUCGAUCUCCUUCUGGUGACAGGAAAGACACAGAAAAUACAAUGGCAUUUAAGUGUGAAAUCUGCCAGAGAGACAAUUUCAAAAAUGAGCACGGACUGCGGAUUCACAAGUCUAAAGUCCACGCCAAGGAUCGGGAAUCUUGUAAUGUAGGUGCUAGUACAGCACCACUGACUCCAGUCAAAGAAGAAACACGUCCAAAAGAUAUCCCUUCAGCAACAGGAGACGAGACUAAAAGUGAGGGACAGAAUGGUGGAGGAAGUAGUGAUCUACCCCCCAGUACUGAAAAACUUCUGAGUACGGAUGAAAAGAAGAAAUCUCCAAUCAUGAAAGAUGUAGAGGAAAACGAGAACAAGCCUUUUACCACAAAAAUAAAAUCGUCUUCCAGCAUAAAGAGAGAAGAAACAAGUGAAGAUGAAACUGCCGAGGAUGACGAUAAACCUCCUACUGGUGACAGGAAAGACACAGGUACAGAGGUUGUGCAACAAAUUCGCUCAGCUCCAGACCAGCGGAGUAACGAUGAGGGACAGGAUGUUGGGGGGAAUAAUGAAGAUUUUGCACAAUCCUGUACUGAAUUGGAUUUUAGUAAAUACGUGGCAAUGCAAGAAGCAUGCAUUAAACGAUCUAAACACGAAACUGAAAUAAGAGUGGAGAGAGUCAACAAAUUUCUGAAGAAUUUACAAUAUAUCAUGGAGAGGACUUCAGAUAUCCCAUUUGAUGUUCUCAAGUCGGGUUCUUACUAUGACAAAACAAAGAUAGACUAUGAUGAUGAGUUUGAUUUCAUGUUUUACCCUAAAGCCAACAUGGAGGCUGAUUUUACUGCCUGUCCACCUGGAUAUUGUAAAAUUAAGAAAGGUCGAACAACUAACAACAAUCUUGACUCGCUGUGUAACGAAAAUGGAUAUCUGGAUCCCAAUCGUUUUAAAGAGUAUAUGUUCAACAUUUUCAAAGAUUGUAUCGAAGAUGAAACCUUCAGAGAGGGCAGACGAACAAGGAGAAAGUUACGUCUUGUCGGGAGUCCUGCUUUCACGGUGCUCUAUGACUUAGGUGUUGUAGGUGUAAAACCUAUCGAGAUUGAUCUUGUUCCUGCAAUUAAAGUAGAAGGCUGGCCCCAAACUGCUAGAGAAAUCUCUCCACAAUGGCUCAGAGACCGUAAUUUUGAAAUAGCAACGACGUGUUUUCAUGUUGUUACGAAGACAUUUCCAGAACAGCAUCCAGAUGGUGACCUUCUAUGGCGGGUGUCUUUUUCACACGCCGAACAAAAAUUGAUUCUCCAUGCUAAUCAAUAUGACAACGGCUGCCGCAAAGAAGUCUUCAAACUUCUGAAAAAGUUAAAGGAAAACAUCAAAUACGAAAGUCCAAGUGAAAUCGAUAAAUUCUGCAGCUAUCAUCUGAAGAUGUUUAUGUUGAAUUUUUAUGACAAUCACAACAGUUUCGACAUGAAGCAGAAGGAAACUCUGUUUAAACAAAGUAUCAAAGAACUUGCCAUCUGUGUAAGAAAUGGAAAUAUCGCAAACUAUUUUAUUCCAGAGGACAACGUAUUGCAUUUUGUAUCAAAGGAAGAAAAUAAUUUCGUUGCAGAGAGGCUACAGCAACUGCAGGAGAAAUUUAAACUUUGAGUGCAUUGUUAACACCCAAAUUUAGCAUUGUAUAGAUAUAUGCGAUAUGCGAGAGCAUGUUCUGCGUGUGAGCAAUUUUUAAAUCGAGCCAGGCCACUGCCAAAUAAGUUGAUUUUACAGGAGCUCCAAGAGAAAUAUAAUUUGUGAGCACAUUGAUACCACUCAGUUUUUGCAUUGUAUGUACUCCAUUUAAUGUUUGCAUUUUAGAUGUUGAAAGGACAUACAUGGUUAUUUAGCCAGCCGACAUGAAUACUCUAUUUUAUGUCACGACAGCUGGUACAGUAACUCACGUUUAUAGCAACGUGCUAGGAACGAACAAUUUUGCAUUGUUAUAAACGUAAUUCGUUAUAUCCCAUGAGAUCAUAAUAUGUUUGAGAACAUUUAGGCACAAAUCGACUGGUGAUUGUGACGAUUGUGCUCUGCGUAGUUAUUUUGGUAUGCAUGAGUAAUUUGUCUUGAAAAUAUGUAUAUGUAACUCUAUCUUAGCAUGAUAAAAUGAUAGAAUAUAGAAGCGGAAAAAGAAACACAAGUGUAUUUUCCAUAGUUAUUAUUUUGUAUGAUUCAUUGAUGAUAAGGUCAUGGUUUGGGCGUUUGCUUCUGGGAAUGUCGCCCAAUCUCCCUGUGACUCUGAGACACCCAUCUAAACGGGAUAUGUUUUGUCUCAUGUACACCAUAUUGCUGGGCUACAUGACGUUGCGAAUGCCCCUGCAUUAUCAGAUGGUCCUGCCUCUAUCGACUUCAUUCAAUCGCAGCAGUUUGCUCCACAAUCGCUUAGAAAAGAAAUGUUGUGUAGCUGAUCUGUACUGUUCCAAUGUUCAAUAUGUAAUGAUUUGCAAGCACAUAUGAUGCAGGAGUACCCUGGAUGCACGCUUUCUUGAAAAAUCUGCUAAAAAGUAUUCAGUGUAAAGUGGGGUUACUGUCGACUACAUUUUAAAGAACGAAUACUUUCACAGUGCACGGACGUUGCUCAGUGUCAAAUUUAAUUCAUUUUCGUCCAUGUGUCUAAAAGUUGUAUUACAAAAAUCGAACCUGUGUUUUUUUCUUCCCGCUAAUAUAGAUCCAUAAAUUUAAAGAUUUUUUUAACUAUGUAAGAUAAAGUUGUGUGUUGUUGAAAUCAAACCAGUUACCUAGAAAUAUGAAGAACAACGUAUCAGAACAAUGCCUCAAUUUGUUUCAAAUAACGUAUGUUCCUGAAAACGUUCCGUAAACAAUAUACAAGUAAUCUUAUAUGCAAAAGUGUUUUUUUUUUCUUUUCUGUUUUUCUUUUUUUUUUAUUUCAUCAUUUAUUAGAAAGUAUACAUAUUAUUAUUUGGUAUAAAAUAUCCUCGGAUACUCCCGCAUAGUUCUCACCAAUGGUGCCAGGGGCCCAUUGGAUUGGAUGUAUUUUAUUAUGAUUAUUAUUUUAUAUUAGGCAUAUAUAUAAUUUAUAUGAAAAUACAUAAUAUCACUGUAUGUAUGAUAACAUAACUCAGAUAGUUGUUACAAAUAUUUUUCGAAGUCAUAGAAAUAUCAUAUACAACGUUGAUGUAGAUAUAGCAACAGUAGAAUAACAUAGAAAUUACUCAAGGAAUAAUAUAUAAACAAUGUAGUCCUAAGUUAUAAUAAUAGAUAUUUAAGGAUAGUAUAUACUGGUCUCUUCACAGUAGACAAGUUACAUUUCAUAUACAAAUGUUAAAAGAGUUUAUUUUAUAUUUUGAACACUAUAUGAACAGAUAUAUGUUCGUCUUACAAAAUGAUGGGCAUAUAUUUCACAGGUUGUUUUCUUUUAUAUUACACGCCAUGCACUGCCACUAUAUGGAAGGAUGAUUAGAAUGGUGGAAGAUUCUAACACCCCAUAACACGCUGGGGUCUGGAUAUAGUAAAACUAUACUGAACCAGAAUCUCUGCAUAUAAUAAAUGAAUUAAUUAAAUGAUAAUAGAAGGAUUUCUAUCUUUUUCAACCCAAGGUUUUCAUGGUCUUUUUAUGCACCACUUCUGUUUUCAUUAAAGAUUCAUAUUGUAUUUUAUUGCUUUAUCGGAUUUAUUAUUUUUUUGCAUCUGUAUUGUUACACCUAACAUGUUCUUUUUCUGUUAUGAUUAACUUGGAACCAAACAGAGCUCCAACGUUGCCUUGGAUGAACAGCAAAAUUUUAACGUAAAACAAGGUUUAUUUUUGAUCAAGCAAUUUAUGUUAGAAUUUGGUAAUUCUAUUUUGGUGUUGGCUGUCAUCACUUUUAUGCUAAUUGUGUAAUUGUAUUUUACAGUUCGUGCUUAUCAAAUUCAAAUUUUUAGUAUUUCCAUCAAGGUGCUUUGUAUUACUCAGGGUAAACAAAUCCCCCUUUUCUAUUUUUCAUGAGCCGUUUUAUCCAUAUGCCGUUUUUAUCCGGUGCUUUGUUUUUAGUUGACAAAGUCUCUUUCAGCCAAUCAGAUUGUCGCGCAAGGCCUCAUUUCCUUUGUUUAUUUGGAGUGCUGCUGCGAAACAUUUCUGAAGGAAAAUCAACGUCAACCUCACUCCAUCCACCAGAUUUGCAAUAUUGCUGGGGGAACAACCUAGGUUUUUUUUUUUUUUUUUGUCUUUUUCAACCCUAGGCUUUCAUGGCCUUUUUUAUGCACCACUUUUUUCAGUAAAGAUUCAUAUUGUUUUUUAUCGCAUUAUCGCAUUUGUUUUUGUAACAAUAUUGUGGUUGGGAGAACGCUGUUGUGUAUUACUUUUAUAUAGUGUAUUUCUAAUCAAGAUGCGGGUGUGUCUCCCAGCCAAUUGUGUUCUGUAGUUUUAGGACUCAAAUUUUUCGUCAUUUUAAAUAAAUGACAAUAUUUUACACCUAA